AUGGCUGUUGAAGAAGUGAUAAAAUACAUCAACAGAAGAAAACUAUUUACUGAAAACAAUGAAUACAAUGAAAGUUAUGUCUUACUAUUUACUAUUGCCUCCUCCGUGAUCUGGAUUAUGGUGCCAGGUUUAGCAUUUUUAUACUCUGGUUUAGCCAGAAGAAAGUCUGCGUUAUCCAUGAUUUGGAUUGUCAUUAUGUCCUCAUUUGUUGGAAUGUUCCAAUGGUAUUUCUGGGGUUAUUCAUUAGCUUUCAGUGAUACAUCAUCUAAUAAAUUCAUUGGUGAUUUACAUUUCUUUGGGUUUAAAAAUCUAUUAGGAGCCAGUGCUGAUGAUACAGAUUAUCCAGAUAUUGCAUUUGCUCUUUUCCAAGCACAAUUCUUGUUGGUCACUUUGGCCAUUAUUGCUGGUGGUUGUGUUGCCGAAAGAGGUAGAUUCUUACCAGCUUUAGUAUUUAUGUUUUGUUGGGCAACUAUUGUCUACUGUCCUGUCGUUUACUGGAUCUGGGGUGGCGGUUGGGCUCUGACUUGGAGAUCCGGUGCUUUGGAUUAUGCAGGUGGUGGUCCAGUUGAAAUUCUCUCUGGUGUAACUGCUUUUGUUUAUUCUGCAUUUUUGGGAAGAAGAAAUGAAACCUUGAUGAUUAACUAUCGUCCACAUAAUAUCUCCACCAUCUUUUUGGGCACUUCUUUAUUGUAUGUUGGUUGGUUAUUCUUCAAUGGAUUCUCAUGUGGUAAUCCAUCAGUUAAAGUUCCAUAUUCUAUGAUGAACACUCACAUUUGUGGUGCCUUUGGUGCUAUUUCUUGGUGUUUAUUGGAUUUCAGAUUGGAAAACAAAUGGUCCAUGGUUGCAGUUUGUUCUGGUUGUAUUUCUGGUUUGGUUGCUGCCACUCCAUCAUCCGGUGUUAUUCCACUUUGGGCAAGUGUUGUUUUGGGUAUUACUGCGGGUAUCGUUUGUAACUUGUCAACUAAGAUCAAAUACUUGUGCCGUGUUGACGAUUCCCUAGAUGUUUGGGCUGAGCACGGUAUGGCCGGUGUUGUCGGCUUAAUAUUCAAUGCUAUCUUUGGAUCAUCUACUGUUAUUGGAUACGAUGGUGUCACUGAUCAUCAUGGUGGUUGGAUUGACCACAACUGGAAACAAUUGUACAUUCAAAUUGUCUACAUUUUGGCAACCAUGGCUUAUUCCGGUGCUGUCACUGCUGUUUUAUGUUUUGUUAUCAAUAAGAUUCCUGGAUUGCACCUUAGAAUUGAUUAUAAUGGUGAAGAAGUUGGUGUUGAUGAAGAUCAAAUUGGUGAAUUUGCUUAUGAUUAUGUUGAAGUCAGAAGAGAUUUCUUGGACUGGGGUAAUCCAACCGUUAACCCAACUUUACAAAACCUGAUCAGUGAAGAGCACCAUCAUCAUCAUGAUGAACCCUCUGAAGAAAAACCUGCUACCCUUGAUGCUGGUGAUGUACUUGAAGGUGCAACAGCAGAAGAUUCAAAUUCUACGACCGAGAAUAGUCUACAACAUGAAAAAAACGAACCAAGAGCAUAUAAUCCUCAUUAA